AUGUUUUCUCUAUUACGAUCAAGAAUAUUUUGUCAGAAUUGUUGGUCUAUUCCGCGUUCAAUAAAACUUUUUGAACAACAAACAAUAAAAAUAAAUCAUCGAACAUUGACAUUUUCUGCUUUACAUUUUCAACAACCACCGCCACCAUCACCACCUUCAAAUGAAUCAUCAAAAUUAUCUUCACUUAUGAAUGAAACUGAUAGUAAAACUCCAUUCAUAUUUUCUGAAACAUCAUCAAAACCAAAAUAUACAAAAGAACAAACGGAUGAUGAAAAACGUGAACGUGAUGCUAAAGCAGCAUGGGAUAUGAAAAUGUUAAGAUUUACAGGAUAUUUUCUUGGUAUAUGGUUAGUAUCUACAGUUGGUUAUGUUAUACUUGUUUGGGGUUCACCACAAAUUGAUCAAGAAGGAAAUGUUGUAAAUGAUCAAUAUUCACAUUUAUCAACAUGGCAACAAUAUAUAAGACGAUCAUUUCGAGGAAUUAUCGAUUAUUGGCAAACGAUUAAAGAUCCAACAAGUGAUAAACUUUUACCUGAACCAUUACCAGCACCAUAUCAACCAACAUAUACAUUAGUUAUUGAAAUGUCAGGUGUAUUAUUACAUCCUGAAUGGGCUUAUAAUACAGGAUGGAGAUAUAAGAAAAGACCAGGAUUAGAUUAUUUUAUAAAAGAAAUUGGUUAUCCAGUUUAUGAAGUUGUUAUUUAUACAAAAGAAACACCAUGGGGCGCAGCAUCAGUUAUUGAAAAUAUGGAUAGUGAACAUCGUAUAAUGUAUCGUUUGUUUCGUGAAAAUACACGUUUUAUUAAUGGAACUCAUGUUAAAGAUUUAGCAUGUCUUAAUCGUGAUUUGAAAAAAAUUAUUUUCUUAGAUUGGGAUGAAAAUACUUAUCAAUUACAACCUCGAAAUGCUUUACAUCGUUUGAAGAAAUGGGAUGGUAAUGAUGAUGAUAGACAAUUACUUCAUUUAGCUGCAUUUCUUCGAAUGAUUGCUGCAAGUGGUGUUGAAGAUGUACGUGAUGUAUUAGAUCAUUAUAAUCAGGAAUCAGAUCCAGUUGAAGCAUUUUUAAUUCGACAACAAAAAUUACUUGAAAUCGAAGAACAAAAACGACAGGCUGUAGCAGCUUCAAAUACACCUGUAAAACAAUCCAAAGGAUUAUUUGGUAGUUGGUCAAGUUCAAAACGAUUCUAA